GGAUCGUUGUAUGUGGCCUACAUCAGUUCGGGAUGAUGAUAACACGAAGAACCACUGCGUCAGCGACAGCCAUAUGCCGCGGAAAUAGGAGUUUCAUGGAGUAAAGAAAAUAUUAUGCAUUGUAGCAUAAGAUGCCCCGUACCAAUUAUCACGCAUGAGGAGACAUGGAGAAAAAUAGACUCUAUCAUGAAAUAUCUUGGCCGAGUUAACUACUUGCGUAAGGUAGCUAAUGGUGCCGGAACUAACAAGUAUACAUCGUCUUUUGUUAUAGACACAACUUAUUGUAACUAAUUUGGCAAAAUCGUUGAAGUAUUGAAAUCAUGGCAGCGAAGGACGUUCAGCUUCACGCGGCUUUUGGCGAUAACGACUUCUUUCGCGAGGCCUUCAACUAUAAUUUAUCAGAUAUCGAACAAUGGCUGAAUGAUUGUGUUGCGGGUAAGAAAGGAGGCGACCAGACCAAGAAGGAAGAGGUCCGAAAGAAACUUUUAGGAAUUAAGGGGAAACUCUUUUCUCUUAUGGUCCCGAACGGGUGCCAAUUUGUUAACCCAAGUGCCAAACCAAAUAGUCACUUCCCACGCAGAGUCAGGGUAAAUUGGCUAGAGGAUAAAGAUCCAGUUAAAUUCAAUCUCUUGUGUUGGGCGAUCGAACACCAAGGAGCUCUGGACAAAUCUCUCGAGUCCAAGUGGGCGAAUCCCUAUGAUCUUCUUGGACUCUUCAUUAGUAGUCUAGGCCCCGCUCCAACAACGGCUGAUAAGAAUAACUAUUUCUUGCCCCUGGCCGCAGUCUACGGGCGGUGGUGCUCACGCAUCGCCGGUCAUGCACAUUGGCGUUGGGGGUGGAAGACUCGAGGAAAUGGAGCGGGAGAUUGGCCCUAUAUGUUCCAGGUUACAUGGAAACUGGUGAAGGCCCCAGUCGAUAAGAAACGCCCAGCUGGUAAAACGCCUCCGGCCGAUUAUAAAGUUUUCUUCCUUGGGAGUAGCAUGGCCGGUGAUGACUGGGUAGAGAACCCUCAAUAUGAAGAUAAAUAUACCGGGAAAUGGAGGAGGGCAGUGCAGCGUAGCCGAUUUAAUUGGCUUUACCACGGCUUACAACUUAAAAAGUUUACGCUGAAUGAUUUCGACAGCUCACCGGUGCAAAUUAACAAAGAAACUUCUUCAAAUCAACCGUAUGGUAACUGUGCGGAGACAUAUCCGUUUAUCUUCAGCAUCCGCAGCAACGCCAGCUCUGACAAUAAAGACUUAAUGGGCCUUGCUCUUCAGAGAGAUUAUAUGAUGGAUGAAGAUUUGAAGACCUACAACCACGACGAUGUGUCAGCUUACCUUUGCGGUCCUUGUGCAAACUGCAGGAAACUUAUUUCUGAUGCGGGGGCCAUUGCAACAAACUUCUCGGUGACCAAAGCGGCAAGCUCGACUAGGAGGAAGCCAAAAGCAACCACUGCAGCAGAAAUAAAGACAGCAACAGACAGGAUGGCUGCGGUCAAUGAUCUGCCACCAGAGGGAUGGAGUAACUCCAAAGAGGAUCUGAACAUCGAGUAUUACUGGGGCCCUAAUGGGGAUGGCACCAUGGCCGCCCAACAAGUUGGCUUGACUGGCGCCGAGGGGUUCAUGAUUGUCAGCCGUAACAAUGGUGGUGACGCAUACAUGUUCACCGCUUCUACUGGGCAGGUUUAUCUGUGGAAUAUGGUCACAGAUGAGAUCUACGAGUACAUCAACCCUACAGACCGGACCGCCAUUCUGGCUCAGAUGAAGAUGCCGCCGGGGAAAGGACAGUUGGAAAGGAAGUUGCUCUUUGGUGGCGACUCGUAGAGAUGGUAUAUAUCCAGCUCUGAGAUAAUGUGCGCGCAAUAUAGGAGGAAGGAGACUGAUAUUAUCUUUUUUUGAGUUGUUAUAUUUUACUUCGGAUUGGAUGCAGUUAUCAAAAUUACCAUCAUGUUUAAAUAUCAGGGACUUAGCAAAUACUAAUUCGUUCUUAUCUUUAUUUAACUACCU